AAUUAUUUGUGUGUAGUUUUAACUAACUCGAAGUUGAAGUGUUUUGAUAAAUACGAAAAAAAUACCUAUUUAUAUUUAUUUACGUGGUAGGAGAGAGUUAAAAGUCCAUAUCAGCGUCCAAAGGUCGAACACUGGUUUUUGUUACUUUGCACUUUCCUAACGAUUUUGAUUUAACACACCUCUUUUGAUUUAUCAUUCCCUUAAAUAUUCUGAAAGCUCGCCUCCGUCAUUAAGUGUCCUGCUUUAAAAUGGCAAAACAGAUUCCAAGAUUGUUGCAAAAAAUAGGAUUAAGACCAACAACUUUUGUGCAGAGGUACAACAGCACAGGUCAUCGGAAUGGUUACAAUUUUGAGCUUAAUGAAACCCAAAAAGAAUUGCAAGAGCUGGCGCGAAAAUUCACAAGGGAAGAGAUAAUUCCGCUGGCUCCUGAAUAUGACAAGACUGGAAAGUAUCCUUGGGAUUUAGUUAAGAAAGCUCAUUCUUUGGGUCUCAUGAAUGGCCACAUUCCUCAGGAACUGGGAGGUUUGGGCUUGAGUGUAUUUGAUGGAUGUUUGAUUAUUGAAGAAAUCGGUUAUGGGUGCACAGGUAUUGCCACAGCCAUCGAGGGUACUUCUCUUGGUCAAACCCCAAUCCUGAUUGCUGGAAAUAAAGAGCAACAGAAAAAAUACUUGGGCAGGCUCCUUGAUGAACCUUUGAUGGCGGCUUAUUGCGUCACGGAACCAGGAGCGGGUUCCGACGUUAGCGGUCUUAAAACGAGAGCGGAAAAGAAAGGAGACGAAUAUAUAUUAAAUGGCCAAAAAAUGUGGAUCACGGGUGGGGGCAUCGCCAACUGGUAUUUCUUGCUGGCAAGAACCAAUCCAGAUCCCAAAUGUCCUGCAGGAAAAGCUUUCACGGGCUUUAUAGUGGAAAGGGAUUGGCCUGGGGUUACCCCGGGUAGAAAGGAAAUAAAUAUGGGCCAAAGGGCGUCCGAUACCCGCGGAAUCACCUUCGAAGACGUACGUAUUCCAAAAGAAAACGUGCUUGUCGGGGAAGGGGCUGGAUUCAAAAUCGCCAUGGAAACGUUUGAUAAAACCCGACCACCAGUGGCUGCAUGCGCGGUCGGUUUGGCUCAGAGGUGUCUGGACGAGGCAGCCAAAUAUUCGUUGGAACGUAAAGCUUUUGGUACCCGGAUCGCCAACCAUCAAGCAGUAGCUUUUAUGCUGGCCGAUAUGGCUAUUGGCAUCGAAACGGGUAGGUUAGCCUGGAUGAAAUCCGCCUGGGAAACAGACAGGGGCAUUAGGAACAGUUACGCGGCUUCUAUAGCCAAAUGUCACGCCUCAGACAUGGCGAAUCGAUGUGCCUCUGAUGCUGUACAGAUUUUCGGUGGAAACGGAUACAACACAGACUAUCCGGUAGAAAAACUUCUGCGAGACGCGAAACUGUUCCAGAUCUAUGAAGGAACGUCUCAGAUUCAAAGGCUCAUCGUGUCCAGAGCCAUUUUGGAUAAAGCAAAAGCAUGAAGUUAAAAAAAGGCUGCUUUCGUGUAACAAUUAUGUGAAAAAACGAAAUUCCCUACUGGGGCAGUUAUAGCCAAUAUAUGCGGCCAAACAGAUUUUUAUACAAUAUUGUUGAUAAUUUUUGUCUUAUAAUUACAAUAAAGGAUUUUAUUUAAGUAAAUUGGUAAUAAAACUUUAAA